GGAUUUCCAGCAGCUUCCUGAGUCUGUCCUCCCUCUCCUCCCUCCCCUCCUCCUCCUUCAGCAUCCGGAGCUUCUCCUCUUCUGCCUCCUCUUUACUCCCGCUCCUCACCACCAGGAUGUGGCACUCGGUGGCUUUGCUCCUCUCUGGAUUCUCUGCUUUGAUCCACGUGUCGCUGCAGGGUCCUCACCAGAGGAACCUGUUGAAGAACCUCCUGAAGGACUACAACCCGAUGGAGCGGCCAGUGGCCAACGACUCCCACCCUCUCACCGUUGUCUUCUCCCUCAGUUUGAUACAGAUCAUGGAUGUGGAUGAGAAGAACCAGGUGCUAACCACUAACAUAUGGCUACGUAUGGGUUGGUUCGAUCACUAUCUCCAGUGGAACCAGAGCGAACAUCCCGGAGUCAAAAACCUCCGCUUCACCACAGAUCAGGUCUGGACACCAGAUGUCCUGCUCUACAACAGUGCAGAUGACGACUUUGACUCCACCUUUAAGACCAAUGUUCUGGUGAACUCCAGUGGCUAUGCUGAGUAUCUGCCUCCAGGAAUCUUUAUGAGCACAUGCAACGUGGACGUCCGCUGGUUCCCUUUUGACAUCCAGAGGUGUGAGCUGAAGUUCGGCUCUUGGACGUACGACGGCUGGCUGCUGGACCUCCAGAUGAACGACGCUGACAUCUCAGGCUACAUGCCCAAUGGAGAAUGGGACUUGGUUGGAGUUCCUGGCACCAGAAGUGAGGCCUUCUAUGAUUGUUGUAAGGAGCCUUACCCGGAUGUGACGUUUGUUGUAACAAUAAGGCGACGAACACUCUACUAUGCCCUGAACCUGCUCAUCCCCUGUGUGUUGCUGUCUUCAAUGACCCUGCUCAUCUUUGUGCUACCAGCAGACUCUGGGGAGAAAAUCUCACUGGGUAUCACCGUCUUGCUGUCUCUUACUGUUUUCAUGUUGCUGGUUGCAGAGAUCAUGCCAGCCACAUCUGACUCCGUCCCUCUUAUAGGUCAAUACUUUGCCAGUAUAAUGAUCAUCGUUGGGAUGUCAGUCAUCGCCACCGUAGUGGUUCUGCAGUAUCAUCACCAUGAUCCAAAUGGAGGAAACAUGCCCAAAUGGGUGCAGCUUGUCUUACUGCAGUGGGUAGCAUGGUUCUUGCGUAUGAAGAGGCCAGGAGAGAAUGACGACCCAGAGCGGCCCCCGUGUGCCCCCCACUUGCGGCGCUGCUCUUCUGGCUCCCACAGUGGGAGCAUCCCGAACCCUCCGGACCCCACCCUCCAUCCGCUGCACCCACAGAACUUGGCUCCUCUCCAGACAGGGUCCUUCCACGCGGGGCACCCUCACCUCCACGCCCAGUCCAGCGCAAACAACAACGGGAACCUUCUUUACAUGGGCUUCCAAAACAUGGAGGACCCUUCAAUGCUCUCAGAGUCUCUCCAGAGGAAUAACAUCUCCACAGGGCCUCCGCGAGUAGCAGGGAGCCCACCUCCGCACCUGCCAUCUCAAUUCUGCAGCUCCCCAACACCACCAACACCCAACAUAGAUACUGUAGGCUGCCCCAGCACUGUCUCCAGUGGUGGGGGCUUUGGAGGUGGACCUGGAGGGCUUGGAGGGUGCUCGACUGCAGGGAUAGGAGACCCCCAGCUACAGGCUAUCUUGGAGGAGGUGCGUUACAUGGCAGACCGUUUCCGGGAGCAGGACGAAGCUGAGGGCAUGGCCGACCAGUGGAAAUUUGCAGGCGCUGUAAUCGACCGCCUGUGUCUGAUGGCGUUCAGCGUUUUCAAUAUCAUAUGCACCAUAUCUAUCCUCAUGUCAGCUCCCAACUUUGUGGAGGCUAUUUCAAAGGACUUCGUUUGAAAGCAAAGACGAAAAAAAGAGGAGAAGUGUGAAAGAAAGGAUGAAGGGAAUUAAGUAUAAGAUGAAGGAAGGAGUGGGCCUGGAUCCAAAGAAACACAAUUUCCAGCAGACUGUAGGCUCUGUGAUUUGUGAUUACGAGGGACUAUGAAAUAACAAAACAAAAAAUAAUGGUUUUCUUUGCAAUACAUUCUGUUUUGUAGCUGAAAUAUAAGACGAAAACAGAUGAGGAAGGGGGUACAGAGUGAACU